UUCACGAUGAUUAUGUCAUAAAAAAAGUAAUUAAUAUACGCUAUAAAUAACGAAAUCUCGAAUUAUAAUUAAAUCUUAGAUAAUAUAAGCUUUUUACAAUAAAAAAUCAUAGGAAAUAUGUAAGGUAAACUAUAAAAUUUAUUAUUAGUUAUAUGAAGAUUAAAACAAGAAUGAUAACGCCAUGAUAGUCGUAAAAAAGCAACAAUAAUGAUCACAAUAACAGGAGUAUUUAUUAUCGAAAAUUAAUAGUCACUAUAAUAAAUGAGGAUAAAUUUAAUCGAGAAAUAUGAUUAUUUGCGGUGAAACACAAUUAUUAGAGUAAUAAAGAUGUUUAUUAAAUAAAAAAAUUGGCGGGAAUGAGAGUUAAGAAGAGAUGAUUGAAAAAUUGCGAGAAGUGGCGCUAGAAACGCAACAAAACCUGAUAGUAGAGUUCCUGGGAGAGGCGAAUAAGCGUGAUCAUGUGGGCUGUGCGCGUAUCGCACGUUUAAGCGAGUGGUGGAUCCAGGAGAGCUCAGUACAGUUGACUUGGAGCGCCAGUGCACGCCGGGCUGCCGACACGAGCGGAUGGUGUAAAUGUUGUUUAUAAAUUAACGUUAAUAAUCAUUCUUUUACUAUCAAAACACUCAAAACAUUACGGUCAUCGGGUUAUUUUCUGUUGCAGGAUGGAAAAAGAAUACAUUUACGUGAAUUAUUUUAUUGAAUAAAAUUGAAAGAAAUAAAUAGUUAAUUAUCAGCAUCGUGUUAUCACGUCGAAACGUCAGAGAGGGAGAGAGAGGGAAAACAAAUGACGUGCGAGCAUUAACAGACACACGAGUGUCACGCUUGUGAUAUCAAAGCAGAAAAGUGAGACGGCUGAAGGAUGACGAGAGCGUGACGACUAAUGUUUGAAGAGAAAUUGAUAUCUAAAAAAUAACUCGCUGGUUGAGUGACCAUCUUGGCACCUUCAAUUGUCUUUUGGUGCGCCAUCCUGCAGCGCAACCAUCGACUGGUUGCCAUAGCAGCGCGUGGCGAUCAGCUGAUUGCUACUUCAACGCAGUUUUUGCUUGCCAAUAGUUGACUGUCAACUGCGGUGCAAGUGGUUGUGUAAUAUGGUAGGUUUACGAUUAUUUAAUGGUUAUAGACUUGAGAUUACGAACAAAUAAGUGUAUAGAGAGAACGGAGUAACAGUUGAAUAUACAGUGAAACGUUGACAUCUAGUGGCUGCAAGUUAUUUGUGAAGGAGAAAAAAUUUGCAAUAACAUGAGUGUUUUUAAUGAAUUAUUUACUUGGUCUGAUAGAGAUUUGUGAUGUGCUUUUAAAACUACGCUACUGAUAGUUUGUCAACUAGAACGAUUUAGUAAUGAUCGAUUUGCGACGUCUACGCACAUAAUUAUUUGUGAUUGACCUCUGAAUUUAUCAACCAGAGGUUUUCAUCGGACAGUAAGAGUUCAUCGAUCGCCCUCAACUCUUGCUCCCUCUCUCUCUCUCUCUCUCUCUUCUCCACUGACAUAUUCUCCCGCCAUCCACUCAUUCGCUCCGGAAAUGUAUAUGAUGCUUCAAAAGACCUUAGGCAAUCUAAUAACGCGCGAAUUGUAUUGUCUCGAGAGUUGAUGUGAUCAAGAAUGUAUUUUUUAUGUAUUAAAUCACACAGAAAAUGCGAAAGGACUAUAAACAAUAUUCACACUAUUUCAAAAGCUCCGUGACAAAGCAUUAUUUUCAUGACUUGUCAUUUAUUUGAGAUUUUUUCUGUGACAUUAAUUCAAUAAAUACAAACAAACAUAAUAGAGUCAAAAAGAUAUGCUGAAUAAUGAUGUUAUUAUUUAUAAAAUUAUUAAGUAAUUAAAUAAGUUAGAGAGUUAAAAAAAAUAAUGUAUUGAAAUUAGAAAAUUAUUAAUGAGACAUACUGAAGUAAUAUUUGAGUGUAAAAUCAUAACAUUAGUAAAGAAACGUGCGUGUUAAAUAAAAAUCAUCAUAUCGAAGAUAUUUAAAUGGUGUUUUCCCGGUGCUUAAUGUGCAAAGUGCCUCGUGGUUCUGUGAUAACUCGAGGUUAUUGAUCAUUCCUAAUGAGAAUUACUGUGAUAGAACAUAGAUGAAGCCAAUGAUAUCAUUGCCACCGUGUGGAUUACACCGACAAAGGACAACCGGACAAUUGUAAUCAGUAGCAGCCCAACUCUGGUGUCAACACUUAAAUGGGCCAGUAUUCAUGCCAGUAUGCCAACCAGAUGCCAGUAGCAACCAGUAUACUACCAACAACCCGAUGUACAUGUAAUUACUUGGAUAUAAAUAAUUUAUUUCAAUUAAAAUAUAAACUGCAACUAUUCUAUUCGCAGUAGUGAAUGGUCAGUCAUACUGUAUCUGAUUAUUAGUGAUUUAUAUCAAUCCGUUCAUGUUGACAAUUUUUUUUUUUCUAAUUAAAAAAAACCCGCCGUGUAAGUAAAUAAAAGCACUACGGACAUUUAAUGGCGCUCGUUUGUCGCGAGUGAGAUCAAUUUUACGUCGUGAAGUGUAGCAAAUAGAAGCUCUAUAAGAGAGAAAAAAAAAAACAUAUACAAAAGAAAUAGACUUAUAUAAAGAAAAAAAAAAAAAGAUAUUGUUGUGGAUAAAAAGUGAAGAAAAGAAGAAAGAACUCACGCAAGCUCGUGGCUGGAAACGCUGACUUACAUCAGGAACGCCAACCUGCAAUCAAGGUUCAUGGUUUUCAUGGAGGAGAACGAGCUCUCGAGCAAGCGGUGGGCCAGUGCGCCCCGCCGCCCAGACAGUCCCUGUGUUUUGGGGACUCCAACGUCUAGGGAGGCGGCGGGUCCACCAGUGCAGCUAGAACCGGUGGACUUGUCGGUGAAGACUCCAGUGGUUCUGCAGGUGCCUCGUUACAGUCCAGCGGCAGCGUUAAUUACUGCAGCUAGAAGGAUUCCAUCGCCGUCGACAACACCCACACCGCAGCCGAUCUGUCCAUCUACUGUAUCUCCAGCCCUACCCCUUGUAGAUGUCAUAAGAGAGCAAGAUCGAGAUCGAAAGAGAGACAGGGAACCAAGAGAACCACGAAAUAAAGAACGAGAGAGAGAACGAGAUCGCGAAAGACAACGGGAUCGUGUAAGGGAAAGAGAAGUAUCAGUCUGUAGCAUGGAACCACCUGAUCCAGUUUUCGUAUCCUCAUCUGCGGCCCUUCUUGCUCUCCAAAGGAUAAAAGAGGCCUCUCUUGUUUUUCACAAACGACCGGCGCUUACACCCGGGAUUGGAUUGAGCAGCCGAGGAAAUAGUGGAGUAGCUGGACAUGGUGGUAGUCUGAAUGUUGAUGGUGAUUGUGGUGAUGCCUUAAAACGGCGUAAAGUCCACAGAUGUGACGUAGCAGGAUGCGACAAAGUGUAUACCAAGAGCUCCCACCUAAAAGCACACAAAAGAACACAUACUGGUGAAAAGCCAUAUCAGUGUACGUGGGAAGGAUGCACAUGGAAAUUUGCUCGCUCAGAUGAACUUACAAGACACUAUCGUAAGCAUACAGGACAAAAGCCUUUCAAGUGCCAUCUUUGUCAACGAUCCUUCUCUCGAAGUGAUCAUUUGUCGUUGCACAUGAAGAGACACUGACGAUUGAGUUCAUCAGAGCUAUCCUAGAUGAGUUGACGAUUACAUUCGGGACCUGAAGACCACCCUUUCCUUCGAGGUGCGCGUCACGUGGCCUGGGAACAGGGCGACGAAUAGAAAAAACAUUUUAUAGAUAUAGUAAAUAUUACAAAUAAUUAUAAUAAUAAUACAUAUGGUCUUAUAAAAAUAUAAAUAGUAUCAACAUGAGCUUUGGGAGAAACUCAGCAUCGAGAAUAAUAUUAUUGAAUUAGCAUAAACUCUUUGGUUAUUUAAUUACAAUUUAAUAAGGCCAGCUCAACUAGUCUAGAGCAAUGUUGUUAAUGUAAUAUCAUGAUAUAAUGGAGCCAGUAAAAAUAUUAUAAUAAGAAAGUUAAAUUAGUUUAUGUAGUUUAUUAAAUGAAAAUGUUAUUAAAGAGAAAAUGACAACUCCGUUAAUGGAGCUUGGGACUUAGCAUGCUCAGUUAAAUAAAUACAAUCGUGAUUGUGUAUAAUUAUUGAAAAAUGAUUAAUAUUGAUUGAUUAUUGAAUAAUCGGUAUUGAAUAAUAAUUUAUUAAAUCAAAAAUGGUGCACAAAAAGAAUUUCGCGUUUAGAAAAAGGACAAUCAUUGUUGAGUUUUUUUUUUAAAUAAAAUUUAAAAAAAAAACUACUCUAAAUAACGACAAUUGCAUCUAUCUAUUUAUAAGAAUCAAUUAUUUGAUUCAAGAUUAAGUAAUGAGAAAUAUUAUUUUUUAAUUAUGUGAGAAAAAUAAUAUUAGAUGAAUAAAAAAUUACAAGCAAUAAUAUUCAAUUAAUUGAUAUAAUUAAAUUAAAUAUAACUAAGUACCUAUUUUUGUUGUCAUGGACGUUUACGUAAAGGUGCCAAAGUGGAUAAUAUACUGGCAGAUAAGGCUGUAAAAGAAUAAAUAUUAUAAAUAAUUGUAUAACAAACAUAAAAUUAGCAUUGUCAAUUU